GCCGGCCAGGGGCAACGGAGACAACACGCCUCGCAGGAGAACCAGGAGAACAUCGGGGAUGUACGACUCAGACAGAGCGUCCAACGAGGAUUCUGGGAACUCGUCAGAGGACAGCGACUCAGGAGACACGCCUGAGAAGAAGCCUUCGCCAUGGCAAGGGAGGAGUGAAGCCCCGCCCUGCCAAGAGGAAGAGGAGGAGGAGGAGGUGAAGGAGGUGAAGGAGGAAGAGGAGGAGGAGAAAGAGGAGAAGGAGGAGGAAAAGGAGGAAGAAGAAGAAGAAGAAGAGGAGAAGGAGGAAGAGGAGGAGGUAAAGGAGGAAGAGGAGGAGCCGAGUGAGGUCGCUGAUGUCCCAACAGCUGGUAACGACGACGGCGCUAACGACGGCGUUCCCGUCUCGGAGUCGCCUGUCGCCGCGACACCACCGCGUCCCAGCAUGCCUCUGGAGAAACCUGACAAACCCCUGAGCCAAUCAGAGGAGGAGGAGGCGGAGCAGGGGGCGGAGCCUGCGGUGGAAGCCGCCUUGCUGCUCGUUCACCUCGACGAGGAGACUAAAACGUCCACGGCGCCAGAGCGAGUCGCGAAGAAGGCGUGUGUUCCCGAGGCGACCAACGAGACGUCUCCGGGACAGGAAGCGCUCGCCGCUGUCGCCGUGGCGACCCCCUGCAGGACGCCGCUGCCUCCCCCCCACGCCAAAAAGACGUCCCCUGAGAAGCGUCUGUCCUCGCCACCGCGCCCGGCUGCAGAGGACAAGGACAGCCAGUCCACGCCGCUGUCCACGCCAAUGUCCACGCCAAUGUCCACGCCGCUGUCCUCCCCCAGGGUCAAAGGUCGCAGCCCUAGUCGCAGAGCCAUCCUGCAGGGGACGGGCUCCGAGACUCCUCCCAGAAUCCCCCUCUGCAGCGCCGCCGGCGUGGCGUCUCCUCCGCGCGGCGUCCUGAAGAGACAGGACGAGCCCAUGGUCGUCCUCCACUGCCUCCCCACGCAGCGCCUGCCCCCCCCCGAGCCCGCGGCCCCCCCCGCGGCCCCCGCCAGCUCGGACACAGACUCCGCCUCCGAGGAAGAGGAGGAGGCCGCGCCGGCGCCCGAGCAGAGGAGCGGCGCCGCUCUGAAACGUAAAGCAGCCGAGCAGCGCACGCCGGACAAGAAGCUCCGACCCGACAGGAAGCAGGAGGAAACUCUGGCGUCGCCUGUCAGGGAGAGGAGGAGCGAGGGAGGGGCGAAGGCAGAGGACCGGCCUCGCCUCGCCGAGGAGACGCCGAGGGAGGCGUCAGAGGAGCGGCUGACAGGCGCAGCCCCCAAGGAGACAGAGAUGCAUGCUGGGUCUGAUGCUGGGACGCCCCCCCCUGCCCUGGCGGACCGGGUGUCGGCCCCGGCGGCGGCGGCGGCGGCCCUGGCCGAGCUGGCAGAGCCAACGGCGGCGGCCCCGGAGCCCUCCCCCGCUGAGGACCUGGAGCCUGAGCUGGGCCCAGAGGCGCUGGUCUGCCACGAGGUGGACCUGGACGAGCCGGAUGAGAAGGAGAAGUUGUGCACGGCGCCGGAGCAGCUGCUGCUGAUGAUGAGGGAGUCUCAGCCGCCCCCUCCCCCCCUGCUGCCCCCCAUCCUCAACGUCUCCCCACUGCCCCCCCCCUUCCUGCCGGUCCCCAGCGGCGAGGAGGAGGACCGGGGACCGGCCAGGGCCGAGCAGGAAGGAGACUCCAGUCCUGGCUUUGAUGGCAGCGCCUCGUCAUCGUCCACAUCGCUGCUGUCACUGCAGGACGCCAAGGACAGAGGCCAGAAGAGAGUGACGGAGUGUAACCUGAGUCCAGCCGCCAAGAAACAGAAACGCAGCCAGAAACGCCUCAGCACGCCGGGGAAGGUGGAGAAGAACGGAGCAGGUCACAGCAGCGACAGCGAGGACCAGUCUCGUCUGUCUCUGUCUCAGAAGUCCCAGAAGUCUCGCUGUCUCUCGUCUCCGUCGUCUCACAGUAAAGACAAACACACCUUCUCCCCCCAGAGGGCGUACAAGUGGACCUUCCAGCUCGACGAGCUGGACAGCAUGUCGAGCUCUGAGCGGAUCUCCUUCCUGCAGGACAAGCUGCAAGAGAUCAGGAAGUACUACAUGACGCUGAAGUCAGAGGUGGCGUCCAUCGACAGACGGAGGAAGAGACUAAAGAAGAAGGAGAGAGAAGUGUCGAACACGACGGCGUCCUCGGGGUCCUCGGGGUCCUCGGACACGGCCAUGAGUCCGUCCUCGGCUUCGCCCGCGCAGAACACCGUGGCUGUGGAGUGCAGGUGAUGACACGCCCACCGACAAGCCACGCCCCCUACCAACCACAGACUCCGCCCACUCCGACAGCUCUGAGGGCAUGAUGGGAAAAAACUAAUGAACUUCCCCC